UAUCAGCUAACGUACGGUACCGUUGUCUACUCGUAGGGUUCGGCUCGCCCUAGUAACAGCUUACCUAGGAAGGUAUUUAUAAUUAAAGACCGAGCACCGCCCGGAAGUUUUCGUCAUGUCUUAUAACGGCAACCACUCCAACACAAACUCGCGAUUCGAACAGCGAGAGCAACAGCAAUCACAACAACCAGGAGCACAACAAAACCGUCAGCCUCCUCAGGAUCCACCGCUCACAACUUCGCCUAACUUUGACAUCUUGGACUGGCAUCCGGCAUACGAAUCAUGUCAGCGUUACUUCCUCGAUCACGCCCAGCAUGAAGCUGGCACCCAGGCACUGUGCGCUCUGAUCAAUAUUCGCCUACCCUUCCAAUGGCUUCAAAAUCCUGUGACCUCUUCAAUUCCUACACAACUGCCAGGAGCCAGCCCUGGCACUGGAGGUCCAUCCUUCAACUUCAAUCAAUGGUCUCGACCGAAUUCUUCCGCAACAGGCCGGAGCUCACAGCAAACAUCGGCUUUUGUAUCACUAGUGCCUUACAUUCGACGCUUGGUCAUCACUGGAUUUGAUAAGCCAGGCAUUUUGCAUGGCUUUUUCGGCGACGCAUACCAGGCAGGCAUCACUCCCAUGCAAGACUGCGAACGUCGCAACUAUCUCUUUGCCGCUAAGCACGGUGGCUGGCGGACGUGCAAGAAGCAGUACGACAUGAAUCCUGAAGAAACUGUACCUUUCUUGAAGCCGUUGCAAAGUAUUCGAGAUGAAGAAUUGGACGCUGCAGAGAAGAGUUGGAGUUCGUGGUUGGCGAUGGAGGAUUGGAUGAUCGGUCCUCGCGCUCCCAACGAAGAGACAGGACAAGAUCAGUCAAAUCAACGUUCCAGACAAUGGGAGCGGGCUGGGGGCAUGUCCGGCUAUGAUGCUUCGGAUGGCAUUUGACUAGAAUGACUAUCUUGCCUCCUUCAAUAUACCGAUAACGUCGAUAGAGAUAAAAAGUUCGGACAAAUACCACUUGUAGCUCAAUAGUGUAGAAUAUUUCGACAAGAAGAAAAGGAAAAAGCAAGAGCAUCUUAGGGCGAUUCGCAGAGAAAGCUUGUUUUUAUACCAUUCCAUCAUACAUCCAUCUGUCCAGGGAUAGAGAAACUCAA